AAACAACAAUAUUUGACUUAGAUUUUCUUGCCUUCUGCAUAUUUGUUCAGAUACAACAUCAAGUUAAAUGAUGCAAUUCUUGCAGAGGAGCAACAUUUGCCUAUGUAUGAUGAGUUGGCUUCUAAACAUAAUGCGGAAUAUAUUGCUGGAGGCGCCACUCAGAACUCAAUUAGGGUUGCACAGUGGAUGCUUCAAAUUCCUGGCGCGACUAGCUAUAUGGGUUGCAUUGGGAAAGACAAAUUUGGAGAGGAAAUGAAGAAAAAUGUUAAAGAAGCAGGUGUAAAUGCUCAUUAUUAUGAGAAUGAAACUACCCCAACGGGUACUUGUGCUGUCUGUGUUGUUGGCGGUGAGAGGUCCCUCAUUGCAAAUUUGUCUGCAGCAAAUUGCUACAAAUCAGACCAUCUAAAAAGGCCAGAAAAUUGGAAAUUAGUUGAGAAAGCAAAGUACAUCUAUAUUGCUGGAUUUUUCCUUACAGUCUCACCAGAGUCCAUACUCCUUAUUGCUGAGCAUGCUGCUGCAAAAUACAAGGUGUUUUCGACGAAUCUAUCAGCUCCUUUCAUUUGUGAGUUCUUCCGUGAUGCACAGGAUAAAGUUUUUCCAUACGUUGACUAUAUCUUUGGAAAUGAGACUGAAGCCAGAACAUUUGCCAGAGUUCGUGGAUGGGAGGUAAUGAUAUUACAUACUCUCUAUUCUCACAUACAUUCCACCCAAUUCUCAUGUAUUUGCAUAUCUAACACCUAAACUUUGAUUUU